AUACACAACAACAACAUUUUGAAGAUUUGGUGGACAAAAAUUCAACAAAGCGGCGGCGUCUUGGCUUAUUCUCUUGGCUCGCCAUAUAUUCUAUCUUAACAGAAUCACUUCUAGAAUCAAGUGAAGAAGUCGAUUUGAAUACUAACGCAUUUUUUUCGAUGCACAAAUUACGAAUACUCCAACUUUGUAAUGUACAACUCAUUAGUUGCUAUGAAAAUUUUCCUAAGAAGUUAAGAUGGUUGCAUUGGCAAGGAUUCCCUUUAAAAUUUUUACCUAAUGAUUUUCAUCUGGAGAGCCUGGUUGUUCUUGAUAUGCGCAAUAGCAGCUUGUCACAACUUUGGAAGGGAACCAAGAUGCUCAGAUUGUUGAAGAUCCUCAAUCUUAGUCGUUCCCAUGGCCUUGUCAAUUCCCCUGAUUUCUUACAGCUCCCUAAUCUUGAGAAAUUAGUACUUGAGGAUUGCAUAAAUGUGGUUGGGGUUCAUGAAUCAAUUGGGAAAUUAGAGAGACUUGUUUUUCUAAAUCUUAGAGGCUGCAGAAAUCUUACAAAGCUUCCAAGAGAAAUUGUUCUGCUCAAAUCCCUUGAAAAACUCAUUCUCUCCAACUUUUCAAGGCUUGAAAAGUUGCCUCCUGACCUAGGCAAGAUAGAAUCUUUGAAAGUGCUUCAUGCAGAUGGAAUAAAUCAAUUAUCCUCAAACACGGGAGCGGUUAAACCAUGGCUUGAACAUGCUUGGUCUUGGGUAUCAAAACUAGGAAGCCGCCCUGAAUCCAUUUGUUUUUCAUUGACUUCCUUGCCUUGCUCGUUAGUAAGUUUAAAUCUUGCAAAUUGCAAUAUAUCUGGUGAUGGUAUUCCAGGGGAUCUUGGUACCUUGUCCUUGUUGCACACCUUGAAUCUAAGCGGAAAUCCAAUCUGCAGCGUACCAGGGAACCUGAAAGGUCUUACUAGUCUCUUCACACUUACAUUAGAUCGCUGCACAAGGCUCAAAUCACUUCUGGAGCUUCCAAUGCGUUUUGCUGGAGUGAGUUUAACUGGAUGCAGUUCUUUGGAAAUGGUGACAAAUCUACCAAACCUGCUUCAACAACUAAAUUUGGACAUACUAGAUUGCAAGAAACUAGUUGAGGUUCGGGGAGUAUUCAAGUUAGAACCAAUUGCAAACAUUGAUUCAGAAAUGAUCAACAACUUGUGCUUGACUGAGUUGGAUUCCAUGGGGAUGGUUGAGGUGGAACUAUGCAAUAACCUAACAAAUUCAAUUAUCAAAGCUCCCACACUCCAGGGACUACAUGAAUGUGGUAUAUACAGCAUAUUUCUCUCUGGGAGUGAGAUUCCUAGUUGGUUUGACAAGAAGAAUAGGAAUUCAUCAAUGUCUUUUACUGUUCCUUCACUUCCGCAUUUGAAGUUUUGUGGCCUAAAUAUAUGCGUUGUCUAUGCAUGUGCCACGAAUGUUAGUCAAGCGGAAUGGUCUUAUGAAUACAUUAAAGUCAGUAAUAAAACCAAGGGUUUGAAAUGGGCCUAUAGACCAACAUUUAGAGGCACGGCAUAUGAACACAAAGAUGUGAUAUGGUUAAGUGAUUGGAAGAUUGCGGAUCUGUUAAUGGAAUGUGGUGAUGAAAUGAACAUCUUUGUGAAUAUGGCUGAACUUUUUAAAGUAAAAGAAUUUGGAAUUCGGAUUCUGUAUGAUGAAGAAGAACAGAAAGGUAUCCAAAACAACACUGGUUAUCCUUUUAAUCAAAAUGUCAUUGAUUUGUCAGCGUAUCAGAUGAAAAAAGGCGAGUAUUUCUUAUGCAAUCUCGAUGAUAUUGGUAGGGGGCUACACUACUCAAGGAUGAGUGAACCAAAAUGGGAGUGCCUAGAAAAUACAGGUGAAAUGGAAGUGGAGGAAGGAGGGUGACAGACCUAACAGCAGCAAUCGGAUUUCCUUCUCAAAAGUCUAUCUUGCUUGAUAUGUUUGUUUAAAUUUACCAUGAGGAUUAUCAAUUGUGUGAUGUGGUCAGGUCUAUGUGGCCUGGGGGGUGCCCUGUUUUGUGGGUCUGUUAUGCUAAGCUGUGGGUAGCUCUUGUUGUGCUUUUGUUGUGGGUAGCUAUUUGGUUAAAUUUUGCCUCAGGUUUGGUGGUUCAAUGUGCAUUACCAUCUGGUUGCUAAUGCUGAUCUGUGCUAAUUCAGUGGUCUUGCAUGAUCUGUGCUAAUUCUGUUACUGAGGAAUGGAGGCUGAGUGGGUGUGCUGUGGUUGAGUUGGUGUGUUAAUCUGAGUUGGAGCAACAGCAGCAGCUUUCAGUAGAUGGUUCAUCAUCUGGUGGGAUGGUCUGGUUGUUAUAUUGCUCUGUUGUCUGUAACAGCUUUCAGUGGCCUGUGCUUGAGUGUGUAUUGUUCUGUUUCUGCUGCUGCAGUGUGUAUUGUUCUGUUGUUUGCUGCAGUGUGUAUUUGUGUGCAUUCGUAGAAGUUUCUGCUUGUGCUUGAGUGUGUAUUAGUAUCUGCUGCUGCAGUGUCAAAGCAACAAUCGAAAGAAUGACAAUUGUGCUUGAGUGUGUAUUAGUAUCAGGUCACAGUUUACAUUGGUAGAAGUCUGCAUUGGUGGAAGUCUGCUGCUUGUUACAUUAGAAGUUUAUCAGCUGUUAUAGGCUGUGGUCUGUUGUCUGUCUUCUUGUUGGUUUCUCACCAACUUAGGGGUGCUAACAAAUGAUAGGAUGGGCUUUUUGGUGCCAAUCUAGUUGGGAUGAUUCAGCUCAUUAUGAUGCUUUUGCACUUCCCUUUUCUUUAUUGAUGUUUUUUGUUUUGUACUGUGUACUUGCUUCUUUCAUCAAUAGAGCUCUUUUUUUGA